AUGAACAUGCUCAGCAGCCCCAUAAUGGAGCACAUGAAUGGCAACACCUUACUGCUGUUCCCUGCCUCCCUAUAUGGGAGACAUCCACAGAUCAAUCAUGGCCAUGUCUCUCUAAGAAGCCUCAAGCUCAAGGAGGUGAUAGCACAAGUUGGUGCUCACAGAAUACCCAUGAGAAAGGGUGUGAUCAAUCAUUAUUGGCAGGAGACAGUGACAGAUGAAGACAAGCUUGAUGUGCAAGAUCUGGACAAUGAUCUAGUUUAUGGAAACGGAAAGAGUAGAGUUCCAUUGAGGAAGCCAACCAAAUCAAGAAAAAAUGAUUGCCACUCGGGCCAGCAAACAUUCUCGACAAGCCAUUGGCAAAGUUUGGCAACUACAUCAAGGGCAUUUGUCAAAAUCACGCCACUGUUUGGGUGUAUGGUGCCAUGUGCAUUCCACCUCCAAGAGCCUGAAGAUGAUAUGAAUCACAGCAGUGAACUCAAUUCCGACAAUACGUCCUCUGAAGAAUUGGCAGAAGCCCCUCCCUGCAAGUCAGGCAGCCAUGCUGUGAUGUGUGACCUAUCGCCCACCGAAAGAUCUACUGUGCAUGGAGCAAAUCAAUGCUAUCAGCCCAGGAUUGCCACUGAGAAUGCCUUCCCUUCUCCUCCCAAGAGUAUCCAUUGGGUAGAAGAAUGUGUUGAAGCCUCAUGCAAGGCUUUUGGCCUUUCUGCACAAGACCAUAUUGAACAGCGCCAAGCCCAGCUUAGGGGUGAAGUAAAGACAAUCCCCAAUAUUAUAGUCAAGGAUUGGUACCUCUUCCAAUUCAGAACAUCUGAUGCUAGGGCUGCUGAGGUUGUCGAGCCAAGGCAGCUAUACAAACAUCCUGCUAUCACAGACAUUUUUAUCCAUGUGUAUUAUAAGGAUAAACAAAGCACUGGUCCAAUGUUCAAAGAAGCAUUUGCCUCAGGACACCCAGCCAUCCUUGCUCUGCCCAUUAGGGCUCUCGACUGCAGCUUGAUGCAGUGGGAAACUGGAGAGAAGGCUCCCAGCUCCUCCUACAAGUUUUCUGCAAAUGGCUGGAGUGACAUCUACUAUGAUCACCUCCUGGAGGUGGAGAAGUUCAAGUCCACCUUCCCAUUGAAGUACAAGCAAAUAAUGUCUCACCUGAUCAACAAGGGCCUUGCUUUCUGUGGAGACAUCUCUCAGCCAAAGCAACAACCCCAUGAUUAUGUGGAACAGCUUAUUGAUAGGCUUCAGAUGGCUGAAACUGAGAUGAGCAGAUCCUCUGGACCUCUUGUGAAAGACCAGCAGAGUUCUUGGGCAUUGCACAUAGAAGGUCAAGAUCCCCCAAUGGAAAGCAAGGCCUCAGACAAGUUGCAUACCAUCACUGCGCUGCUGCUCACCACACCAAGGAGUCCUACUAGCCCUGAUUGCAUGGCCAGCCAUUCAUCUUAUCCCAGAAAGCUAAACUUUGGGACCUUUGGGACAAAGACCACCUUUGACUGUCUGGUAAUGCUCUUCCAAGAUCCAAUGACACAAACCUCCUCCCCUGCUAAGCCCACAAAGCCGUGA